GAUGCACUUUUGCUGGCUUUCUGAUUUUGAGAUAGGGCCAAGCUGUUCACCUGGACUUCAGCAGCAGGCAAAGUACAGUUCCAAAGAAUUAGCUCACUGAUUGGUGCUCAGCUAUUUCUUUCUCAGGCUUCACUUGAAACGAGAGUGUGCAUCUCUGCAGAGGGAUUGACUCAGAAGAAAGAUGAAUUUGAAAAGUUCAGUGGGAUUUAUUCUGCUGUUACUCUUUAAAUGUGCGGUGUGGACAAGUGCUGAAGAAGCUGUGGUGCUUGCUAAUGCCCACCUUCUCCCUCCAGGAGGCUACCAGAGAUUGAGUAACAACAAUGAGAAAGAACAUGCAAGAGAUUGUUUUGAGAUUUUUCAGCACUCUGAAGGAAGCGCCAAGGAUGGUCUUUAUGUCAUUCAGCCAAUGAAAGAUCCUAUUGUUGUUUACUGUAAUAUGCAGGAUGGUGGGUGGACGGUAAUUCAACAUAUUACAGCCAAUAGCACUGUGGACUUUGAUAGGAUAUGGCAUGACUACAAGUAUGGAUUUGGGUCAGUUCAUGACAACUACUGGUUAGGGAAUGAAUAUGUGUAUCAGUUAACUAACACCUCAAGGCCAUAUACACUUAGGGUCAAACUCGUAGACUUAAAUGCCGAAAUCAAAUGGGGAGAGUAUGAACCGUUCAAAAUUGAAGAUGAAGAGUCUCAAUACAGGAUCAGGCUUGGCCUAUACAAAGGCAAUGCUGCUGAUGCCCUGACCCAGGACACAGAAGCUUAUCUCCAUGAUAAUCAGAAGUUCACUACAAAAGACAGAGAUAAUGAUAAUUAUUUUCAGAAUUGUGCCAAACUAGAGUACAAUGGCAUUCCAGGUGGAGGGUGGUGGUAUGAUUCUUGUGCCGGAGCAAAUCUAAACCGCAGGAAUGUUAUAUACUGGCAAAAAGACUGCAAUAAGGAACAUUUAUGCAAGUUUGCCUGGAUGAUGAUUAAGCCCACUUACCAUGGCCAGUGUCCUAACAAGGCUUGUCAUUGUGAAAAAGAUGAAUUGUAGAUAAUAUUACUACAUUAUGAGGUGAGACAAUAAAAUCAGCUUCUAAAAAUC